CCUCUUUGGAUGCCCCCUUAACGUGAUAAAUAAUAAAUUCCUCAAUUUCUCCAGCCAUCGAUUCCCCCCUCCCCUUUUGCUCCCGUUUGUUACAGCGCUGGGCACCGCCAGGCCCCCCAGCCAGCCAGCCCGGGCGAGGGCUUCUCGGGAGGCUUCUUGGGAGGCUGAGAAAACACCUGGCUCCGGCCCCUCCAGGUUUUCGCCGCUUCUCUCCCUCUCCCAGCGGUUCCUCUGCUGGGUAGCUGAGUGCCACAUUGGCCUGCCCUUCUCGCGCCAGCUAAUCGAGCUGUCACUGGAUCAAUGUGCAGCGUCUUCAGCUAAGGAUCAGGAUCCUCCCUUGGACCUGCCAUGUGGUCACUUUUCUUGUUGCAUCUCCGCGCGGGAGGACACGGGCGGAGGGCAGGAGCCCGGGCGCUCCCAUGAAACUCCGCACCUUCACUGGGUUGUGGAUGCCGCUGCAGCCUGGCAAGAACGGAACCUAGCGAGCUGCGGGUGGAUUGGUUUUGGGGCGCUGGGCUAUUUUGACAACUGCUUCCGACCUUGCCCGUCGCUCCAGGGAUUGCUCCGCACAAGGAUUGUUCUGGGGGGGAUGGAGGCGAUUGCCAGUCAGAUGGGAACGGGGAGAGACGCAAGCUCCUCCCCGAAUUCAAAGCAAGAGCUGCAGCCCUACUCGGGCUCCAAUCCCCUCAAGCCCAACCAAGUGGGUGAGACCUCCCUGUACGGCGUGCCCAUAGUGUCCCUGGUCAUCGACGGGCAGGAGCGCCUGUGCCUGGCGCAGAUCUCCAACACCCUGCUCAAGAAUUACAGCUACAAUGAGAUCCACAACCGGCGGGUGGCGCUGGGCAUCACCUGCGUGCAGUGCACCCCGGUGCAGCUGGAGAUCCUGCGGCGGGCCGGGGCCAUGCCCAUCUCGUCCCGGCGCUGCGGCAUGAUCACCAAGCGGGAGGCGGAGCGGCUCUGCAAGUCCUUCCUGGGCGAGCACAAGCCGCCCAAGCUGCCGGAGAACUUCGCCUUCGACGUGGUGCACGAGUGCGCCUGGGGCUCGCGGGGCAGCUUCAUCCCGGCCCGCUACAACAGCUCCCGGGCCAAGUGCAUCAAGUGCGGCUACUGCAGCAUGUACUUCUCGCCCAACAAGUUCAUCUUCCACUCCCACCGCACGCCGGACUCCAAGUACACCCAGCCCGACGCCGCCAACUUCAACUCCUGGCGCCGCCACCUCAAGCUGGGCGACAAGACGGCCACGGACGAGCUGAGCCACGCCUGGGAGGAUGUCAAGGCCAUGUUCAACGGCGGCACCCGCAAGCGGACCUUCUCCCUGCACGGGGCGGCCGCCGCCGGCGCCUCCCAGGCCGCCAAGGCCGCCCUGCACCCGCCGCCGCCCGGCGGAGCCGAGCUGGCCCCGGCGCACAAGAGCCUGCGCUGCAGCGGUGAGGAGGCGCCGGGGGAGCGCGGCGCGCUGAGCCUGGCCGGGGCGCACGGCGGGGCCGGCGCGGUGCGCAGCUACCCGGUCAUCCCGGUGCCCAGCAAAGGCUUCGGCAUGCUGCAGAAGCUGCCGCCGCCGCUCUUCCCGCACCCCUACGGCUUCCCGGCCGCCGCCUUCGGGCUCUGCCCCAAGAAGCAGGAGGACUCGCUGGGCGGAGCCGGCGGGGGCGAGCCCGGCAAGGGGGGCGCCCUGCCGCCGGGCAUGUUCUGGGGCCACCCGCACCCCCACCAACCCCAGCAGCAGCCGCCGCCGCACCAGGCCGGGGCGGGCAAGGACGGCGGCGUCUACCCGCCCUUCCCCAUGUUCUGGCCGGCCGCCGGCAGCCUGCCCGUGCCGCCCUACCCGGCCCAGAGCCAGGCCAAAGCGGCCGCCACCGCGGUGGUGGUGGCGGCCGCCGCCGCCGCCGCCGCGGCCGCCGCCGACCCCCCGGGCCUGGGCGGCCGCCACAGCGAGCUGGAGGGCUCGGAGCCGUCGGGCAGCGGGCGCAGCAGCGCCACCCCGCAGGAGGGCUCCGGGGCGGACGGCGAGCGCUGCUCCAGCGCCCUCUCCAGGGCGGCCGCCGAGGAGGAGCGGUCCGGGGACGAGGCGCUGCUGCCCCCGCUGCCCCUGCCCCGCAAGGGCAGCUACCUCUCCGCCUUCCGCCCCGUGGUGAAGGACGCGGAGAGCAUCGCCAAGCUGUACGGCACCCGGGAGGCCUACGGCGGGGCGGGCCGGGGCGCGGCCGGCUACCUGUCCCCGGACUUCCUCAGCGAGGGCAGCUCCAGCUACCGCUCCCUCUCGCCCGGCGCCGACACGGCCGACGAGCCCGAGGUGGACGUGGAGUCCAACCGCUUCCCCGAGGACGAGGACGAGGAGGAGGAGGCGGCGGAGGAGCCGCAGCUGCUGCCCAGGGCGGAGGAGCCGCCGCCGCCUCUGGCCGAGGAGAAAGCCGGGGAGCAGGGGCCGGAGGAAGGGAACCGGCCGCCGCCCGAGGGGAGCCCGCAGAGGAGCAGCAGCAGGGGCGGCUACGAGGUCUACACCCAGGAAAGAGAAGACCAUCUGCAGGCUCUGAAGAACGCUGCUUCACUGGGGCCUGCAGCCACUUACCUUUGCAACCCCGAGGCAAAUGAGCAAGAUAAAGACGACAAUCACUCGACAGCAGAGGAUUUAGAGACCAGCAAAUCCUAUCAAGACCAAAGGAAUGUCUCGCAUCCAAGUCCUGUAAAUACCGACAGAGGUGAGGAAGGUCUCAGCAUUGACUUUAUGGGGACCCAACUAGUUGAAAAAGACAUUGAAAAUCUGGCAAGAGACGAGUUGCAAAAACUGCUCCUGGAGCAAGUGGAGCUCAGGAAGAAAUUAGAACGGGAAUUCCAAAGUCUAAAAGAUAAUUUUCAGGAUCAGAUGAAGAGGGAGCUGGCGUACAGGGAAGAAAUGGUUCAGCAGCUACAAAUUGUCAGAGAUACCUUGUGUAACGAACUGGACCAGGAGAGGAAAGCUCGCUACGCCAUCCAGCAGAAGUUAAAAGAGGCCCACGACGCGCUCCACCACUUCUCCUGCAAAAUGCUCACGCCGCGCCACUGCACGGGGAACUGCUCCUUCAAGCCGCCCCUGCUGCCCCAAUGAGCCCCCCCGCCCUCCCCGCCAAAGCCAUGCGAUUUCGGAGUGUAAAUAGCCGGCAGCCCCUUGCGCCGCGAAAGGGAAAACGCAGCCACAAGCCAUUUCUAAGGAGACACGUGUAAAUACAGGACUGUGUGGAGCUCUCGGGCUCAGGGUUUCUAGGAGUGUAAAUACAGCUCAUAAAGUCUGGGAAUCCGGGCAGCUGACCUUCAAGGUGUAAACGGACCAAAAGCGAAUUAGCAAAACAAAACGCCCACAGACGAGGUCCGCUGUGAAUCGAAUCGAUCCCAGGAAUUCUGCCAGAGACUUUCUCCUUGCUCACUGUCUGCCCCGCUCCAUGCCUACCUGUCUGUCCACUUCUUGAAACCCUCGUCUAGACUGGGAACAGUGGCUAUGUGCAAUGGAUAUAAAUGUACUGUGAUUUCUCUUGGUCCAGUAUUUGUUGAAUUUUUAUUGAUUUAUGAUGUAUAUUUAUUUCCCCUCGACGAUCCCUUGUAAAUGAUGGAUGUCACAGCACUUUAUCGGGCGGUUUGCGACUCACGGUACACCCAAGGAAAGGAGAAGAAAUAAUAAUAAUAAUAAAAACCCUCCCCCCUGUUGGGGGGGGGGAAACCUCUGUAAGCGAUUUUUGUUCUUUAAUAAAAGCACCCUUUAAGCA